AAAGCCGUGGUUGGUCAGACAGCCGAUUAUUUCUUUUCCCAUCCGUAGCCGAUUGCUGUCGUGCUAUCCAAAUGGGUAAACCCCGUGGUAUACGGACGGCGCGGAAGCACGUGAACCACCGCCGCGAACAACGAUGGGCAGAUAAAGAUUACAAAAAGGCUCACAUGGGCACGAGAUGGAAGGCCAAUCCCUUCGGUGGAGCAUCUCACGCUAAGGGCAUCGUCCUGGAAAAAGUUGGUGUUGAAGCCAAACAACCUAACUCUGCCAUUCGCAAGUGUGUCAGAGUGCAACUGAUCAAGAACGGCAAGAAAGUGACAGCAUUCGUGCCCCGUGACGGUUGUUUAAACCAUAUUGAAGAGAACGAUGAAGUGCUGGUAGCAGGUUUCGGUCGUAAGGGUCAUGCUGUUGGUGACAUUCCCGGAGUCAGGUUUAAGGUAGUGAAGGUAGCCAACGUCUCACUCCUCGCCCUGUACAAAGAGAAAAAAGAGAGGCCAAGAUCGUAGACCAUGUUACAUUGUGAUAAGUGCUGCUGUGAAGCGGUGUUGUUCAUAAGAUUCAUUUACAAAAAUGUAAAAUCAAGUACAUAAUAAACUAUGUACACC